CGACAGCGUAGCCUCCACGACGGUACGACCCAUCCAUGUACGCCCAUUUGCAAUCGUGGGAGACGCCGCUGCCCCCAUCGGACGAGGAGCCCGAGACGGAAGAACUACCGACGUUGCCUCUUGCCAGCGGCUCGACACAGCUUUGGUCGCAGACGAUACGAGCAGGCGGUUCGGGUUGCAACAAAGGCGGCGGGUACACGUCUUUGCUGCAGCAAGGCUUGGGAGACGACGACGACGGAGGACUUGAUCUCAGGUUUGGCUUAUGUUCUGGCAGGUCCAAGGAGGCGAGCCGUACGUUGAUCAUCGACACUGAUCCUUCCCCACGUGGCGUGGGACAGGGUGGGAGUCAACGUACGGAUCAAACCACCCUUCGUGCCCGUGCGUCUGUCGCUGCCAGUGCCGGGCCAUCUGCAGUGCUCCGGCGUCAAGGUUCCACAGCACCGUCCGCCGAUCGAUCGACAAGUAACUGGCCUGCACGCAACGGAGCCGCAGCCGGGUCACCCCGCGUCGAGUGUGCACGUCCUUCGAUGCCCGAACGCACAACACCGACCCAAUCCGAUGUGAGGGACGCGGGUGAAUGCAGACCACCGGUGCGUCCAAUACCCACUGUGGAGAACAUCACACGAGGUGUGUCGAACAUGCGGGCACACAGUGAUCGCGACGACGACGGCGGUGUUGGCGGCGACAAUGCUGACGAGCGAUUGACGGAGGACGUGGACGCAGGGGACGACAACGAAGACAUUCCUGUUCGGCCGUUGGGGAAGACGGGUGGGAGGGGGAGAGCACGCAGCAGGGGUGCUGUUCGAGGUCGAUCCGUUGGCCGCGGCGGCGGAGGCUGUGUCAGCGACGAUGCCGGGAAGCCUGUGACGUACGGGUCUCCGGAGGAACAACUGCAACUAGUGAGAUGCAAGCGGGAGCAAGAGCCUGAGAUGCACCUCGCCGGGCUGGGCCACAACUACGGGCGGAUGCGGACGAAGGACUGGAAGUGGGACGACAUUGCAAAGCGCAUGGCGAGCGCGGGGAAACCGAAAGACGCGGACCACUGCAUGAAGAAGUGGGACAAUCUGUUCCAAAACUACAAGAAGAUACAGCGGUUUCAGAACGCAAGCGGCCUGACGGGUAGGCUGCCCGCCACCACGGCUGCGCCACGUCGUCGCAACACGGCUGCUGAAGGAGGGUCCGUCCAACGAGGCGGCGGUGGGGUAGUCACGGCGCACGCGGGCGCAGUUGGGGUUGAGGCGGCAGGUGCGGCGGGCGCGGUCGCGGGUGUUUCAGGCAGUGCGCCCCAAGUUCCGGCGGCGAGAGAGGAGGGAGCAGUUGUGGCGAUGGCGAGGGACGACGUGCGUGGAGAGAAGAGGAGUGAUCGGGAGGGCGACGAAGCUGGUUCGAGCAGGCCGCGCAGGGGAGUGUUGACAAAUGACCUCAUAGACCGUGCCGUCCUUUGGGUCGACGACAAACCUUUCUGGACGACGGGGGAGGGGCGAAGACUCUACAACAUCGUACACGAGACAAGAGAGUACUUCGUCGCCAUCGCCAGCGAACUUCCACCGCCUGCGAUCCCUCGGAGCGUUGUGAUGCCCAAAUCCAGCACGCUGUUAGCCAGGAUCGCCGACCCGUCGCAGCUGCAACAAGCGACCUCCGCGCGUCGGAAGUGGAGAAAAUCGCUCUCCGCGUAUUGCACGGCUGGGUUUUCAAGUCUUGGAACCUCCCGAGGGGUUACAAUCUUGCAUUCAAUCGAGAACAGACCGGACGACGAUGACAUGGCGGAGUACCAGGAGUCCACCAUCAUCUGCGUCGCGCAUGCAUUCCGGGCGGCGGUGCAAAUGGGGGCGGUCAUCGACGGCGAGUUCAUCUCGCACGGUCGUCUUUGCCGGGUGGCUGACCGCUUUAGACUGUUGUUGGCAGCGUGCAUGUGGAUAAUGCGCAUAUCGGGAGAUGAUCCGCGCAGCCACUUCGAAGCUUUCCACUUCGCGACGCUAGUGUCGAAGCCCACACUCGUGGCGUCCAUGCAUCGGUCGUUCGACCAUCGUCGAUCCAUUCGCCUCGCCGUGAAAGCCGUCACGGAAAGGCAAAGGAAGGCAAACGCCACGUUUGGAGAGCACCCCGACUACCUUCCUCGUUGGGCAGACCGCGAUAUUGUGUUCGGACAUGACGCAGGGAUUGACGGGCCGGAGGAAGCUAAGAAGCUCGAUUGGUUGGGUUCGGGUCCCGCCGAUGAUGACAACGACGACGACGACAACGGUAACGCGUAGAGGGGAGCGAGGUCGGCGGUACGCGUGGGCGGGUGAGUGGAUGUGUAGUGUGCAGGUCGUCAUAGUCGACGACGGGUACGUUAAAGACACUCGUGUGUUUUGUGUUUAUCAUCCCAAUUGGGUCGACAAGCAAAUCGCAAGCGCUUUCAGCGCA